AUGGCACCAGAGCUUGAUGUCUGGUCUGUGCCGCAUCAAGGGUGUGUAGAUCCUCGGUACGCAAGUACCAAAUAUCACUUCAUGCUGAGGUUCUACUUGUCCCCGGUGUCGCAAAGGAUGGGUCUGGCCACGCUGCCGUGGAACGCUCCAAGUGGUUGGAGCUUUGCUCACAACCUGUUCUCAACCAAGUCUUGUGGCAGGAAUAUCUUCAGCUCGCUCUUCUGCUGCUUUCCCAUCCAGAAUGUUAGCCAGUUUCCAGAAGGUUCUAAGUACACAAUCCCACAGAAGGAAAGUGGUGCUGACUCUGGCUUUUGUGAACACUGGUACCUCACCAAAGUGGCAAACCCUUCCACCAUGGAAGGGAAGAGAGGCAUUAAACCUGAGCCUGAUCCUCCCAACCUGCCACAAGUUCUCCAGUGCCAGUACUACCGGAUUCCAGAUGCUUGGCUUCUGCCUGAGAUUGAGCCACAGGUUGCAGGGAGAUUUUGUCUCGUCAUUGAUUUAGAUGAAACUUUGAUUCACAGUUCCUUCAAGCCAAUCGGCAAUCCUGACUUCAUAGUCCCUGUUAAAAUUGAAGGGGCGACACAAAAGGUGUAUGUGUUCAAGAGGCCUUACGUAGAUAAAUUUCUUCAAAGAAUGGGAGAACUGUUUGAAUGUGUGCUAUUUACAGCCAGUUUGGCAAAGUAUGCUGACCCUGUGACUGAUUUGCUUGACAAAUGGGGUGUGUUCCGAGCCCGACUCUUCAGGGAAUCCUGUGUUUUCCAUCAGGGUAGCUAUGUUAAAGACCUCAGCCGUCUGGGCCGAGACCUGAACAAGGUUGUCAUUAUUGACAAUUCACCCGCAUCUUAUAUCUUCCAUCCAUAUAAUGCGGUGCCAGUAACAUCUUGGUUUGAUGACCAAUCUGAUACUGAGUUACUCAGCCUAAUCCCUGCCUUUGAGGGACUCAGCCAAGCGGAGAAUGUCUACAUUGGUCUGGGACGACUGAAGCCAAGCUAAUUUUUUUUUUAAAAAGAACAAACUGUUGGCAUUCAUGGCAACAUCUCAUAACCUCCACUCUGAUUUGUUUCUCCAAGGUAUAGAAUGUUAUGGUGAAUGAGCUUCACAAUUAGAUGAGAUAGGAGGGCACGAAGAAGAAAAUCUAGAAAGUAGAGGAACACUUCCUCAUGGCAGAAUGGACUUUGUGGGGGUGUACA